ACAUAUUUUUCAGUGGUUCAAGCAACACACAAAGGCAGAAAUCGAUUGUAUUAAAUUAUUGAAGCCCUCAUUUUGAGCAAUAAUUUAUUUCGUGUAUAAGUAAAGUUAGCCUAUAAAAGAAAUUCUAAUAGUAAUUAAGAUCUUACUUGUGCUGUUUCUGUGAAGAAAGCAUCCAUCGUAGAACGUCAGCUUCAUUACUCAUUUGUUACACAAAAGGGCGUUGUAACUUUUAUUUGAUUCAGAAGCAAUGGGUACUCUAUCGGAUUUUGGUCAGAUGGCCAUGAAAUGGGAUCCAAAAAAUUUGGAAAUACGCACUAUGUCAGUGGAAAAAACUCUUGAACCAUUAGUGUUGCAGGUGACAACUUUGGUCAACACUAAAGGACCCAGUAAAAAGAAGAAAGGCAAAUCGAAGCGGGCCAGUGCUCUUGUUGCUGCUGUUGAAAAAGCUACUGAAAACUUCAUUCAAAAAGGGGAGCAGAUUGCAUACGAAAACCCCGACAUUACAUCAGAAAUGCUGGCUGCUGUUGACGAGGUUCGUAAAACAGGAGAUACGAUGAGCAUUGCCGCAAGGGAAUUUUCAGAAGAUCCUUGUAGCUCCUUAAAGCGUGGAAAUAUGGUGAGGGCAGCUCGCAAUUUACUUUCAGCCGUAACGCGCCUCUUGAUUUUAGCCGACAUGGUUGAUGUACACCUUUUAUUAAAAUCCUUGCAAAUAGUGGAAGAUGAUUUGAAUAGACUUAAAACCGUUUCAAGUCAAGAUGAGCUUUUAAAUAAUAUGAGACAAUUUGGUCACAAUGCUCACGAGUUAAUAAAACAGGCCGCCAAGCGCCAACAAGAACUUAAAGAUCCUCAGUUACGCGAUGAUUUAGCAGCAGCUCGUGCUAUGCUGAAGAAACAUUCUACUAUGCUUCUAACAGCGUCAAAGGUCUAUGUACGUCACCCUGAACUUGAUUUAGCUAAAGUUAAUCGUGACUUCAUUUUAAAGCAAGUUUGCGAUGCUGUAAAUACCAUUAGUGACGUAGCCCAAGGCAAAUCUACACAGCCUACUGACAUUUAUAGUGGCGCCGGUGAGUUGGCUGCCGCUCUUGACGAUUUUGAUGAGGGAAUAAUUAUGGAUCCCAUGACUUAUAGUGAGAAGCGGUCUCGACAACUUUUAGAAGAGCGUCUGGAAAGUAUUAUCAGUGCAGCAGCCUUAAUGGCAGAUGCUGACUGCACACGCGAUGAACGCCGUGAACGUAUUGUGGCUGAAUGUAACGCCGUACGUCAAGCAUUGCAGGAUUUAUUGUCUGAAUACAUGUCAAAUAUGGGUCAAAAAGAUAAUAGCCCAGGAUUGGAUCGUGCUAUUGAUCAAAUGUGUCGUAAAACGCGCGAUCUUCGACGUCAGUUGCGUAAAGCUGUUGUUGAUCACGUGUCGGACUCAUUUUUAGAGACUACAACUCCUCUUAUCGAUCUGAUUGAAGCGGCGAAAACUGGGAAUGAGAAAAAGGUGCGUGAGAAAGCUGAUAUUUUUACAAAGCAUGCGGAAAAGCUCGUCGAGGUUGCGAAUCUUGUAUGCAGCAUGUCAAAUAAUGAGGAUGGAGUUAAAAUGGUCCGAUAUGCGGCUGCGCAAAUUGAAAGUCUCUGUCCUCAAGUCAUCAAUGCAGCAUCGAUUUUAACCGUACGACCCAACUCGAAAGUUGCUCAGGAAAAUAUGACUGCAUACAGGCAAGCAUGGGAAGUACAGGUGCGUGUAUUAACAGAAGCUGUGGACGAUAUUACAACCAUCGAUGAUUUCUUGGCCGUCUCAGAGAAUCACAUAUUGGAUGAUGUCAAUAAAUGUGUUCUGGCCUUACAAAUGGAAGACGCCGAAGACUUGCGUACAAAAGCUGGCGCAAUCCAAGGUCGCUCAGCUCGAGUUUGCAAUGUAGUGGAGGCUGAAAUGGAUAAUUAUGAGCCAUGCAUUUACACGAAACGUGUUCUUGAAGCCGUAAAAGUUUUGCGUGACCAGGUUAUGUCCAAAUUUGAUCAACGUGUUGAAGCUGCUGUAGUAGCUCUCUCCUCUAAUUCUAAUAAGGACGUAGACGAAAACGAUUUCAUUGAUGCCUCUCGAUUGGUAUACGAUGGCGUUCGUGAAAUACGUCGGGCUGUUCUUAUGAAUCGAAGUUCCGAGGAUUUGGAUACUGAUACAGAAUUCGAACCGGUUGAAGAUAUGACAUUGGAAACACGAAGCCGUUCAAGCGCGCACACCGGUGAUCAAACUGUGGACGAAUAUCCCGAUAUUAGUGGCAUUUGCACCGCAAGAGAAGCAAUGCGUAAGAUGACAGAAGAAGAUAAGCAAAAAAUUGCCCAACAAGUGGAAUUGUUUAGACGCGAAAAAUUGACUUUUGAUUCGGAGGUAGCAAAAUGGGACGAUACCGGAAAUGAUAUCAUUUUCUUGGCCAAACAUAUGUGCAUGAUUAUGAUGGAAAUGACAGAUUUUACACGUGGGCGUGGCCCUCUCAAGACUACUAUGGACGUAAUAAACGCUGCCAAAAAAAUUUCUGAUGCCGGUAAUAAGUUGACACAACUGACACGAGAUAUUGCUGAACAAUGUCCCGAAAGCACUACAAAAAAAGAUUUGUUAGCUUAUUUACAGCGUAUUGACUUAUAUUGUCAUCAGAUCCAGAUAACUUCGAAAGUAAAGGCUGAUGUUCAAAAUAUAAGCGGCGAGCUGAUUGUUUCCGGAUUGGAUAGUGCCACAUCCUUAAUUCAAGCAGCUAAAAAUCUGAUGAAUGCAGUUGUCCUUACUGUUAAGUAUUCCUACGUAGCAUCAACGAAAUAUACUCGUCAGGGUACAGUGGCGUCACCAAUUGUUAUUUGGAAAAUGAAAGCACCGGAGAAAAAACCCUUGGUACGACCUGAAAAGCCAGAAGAAGUUCGAGCAAAAGUACGUAAAGGGUCACAAAAGAAAGUUCAAAACCCCAUUCAUGCGCUUUCAGAAUUUCAAAGUCCGGCGGAUGCGGUCUAAACGCAGUAUAUGAUGUUAUAUUUAAAUUAGCACAUCAGACAAAGGUUAUCGUGGAAUAUUAUUGAAUUGAAAGGGAAAUAUAACGAUUAUAAAAAUUUCGUUUUAUCAUAUAAUCGGAAAUGCAC